UGUGGAGCAGGGAGUGCUCCCGUCUUAGUCGUCGUCACUCCCGCUGCCACCGCCACCCCCUCCGCCACCGCCACCGCCACCGCCGCCCGAAGAAAACCGCCCAGAACUCCGGUCGGCCGGGAAGAUGGAAGAUGGUACCACAAAGCAUGUCAUCCAAAUGACAGGAUUUAAGAUGGAAGAAAAGGAAGCGCUAGUCAAAUUACUUUUAAAGCUAGACUGCACUUUUAUUAAGAGUGAGAAAUAUAAAAAUUGUACACAUCUUAUAGCUGAGCGCCUAUGCAAGAGUGAGAAAUUCUUAGCAGCUUGUGCAGCAGGAAAAUGGGUAUUAACGAAGGACUACAUAAUUCAUAGUGCCAAAAGUGGCAGAUGGCUUGAUGAAACAACUUACGAAUGGGGAUAUAAAAUUGAGAAAGACUCACAUUAUUCACCUCAAAUGCAAUCUGCACCUAAAAGAUGGCGUGAAGAGCUGAAACGGACUGGGGCUCCAGGAGCCUUCCACAGAUGGAAAGUUGUCCUCCUUGUGAGGGCAGAUAAGCGAAGUGAGUCUCUUGUAAGAGUUUUGGAGGCUGGAAAGGCAAAUGUCAUUUUACCAAAAAGUUCUCCAAGUGGGAUCACUCAUGUGAUUGCCAGUAAUGCAAGAAUCAGUGCUGAGCGAGAACAAAAGAACUUUAAGGCUCCUUUUUAUCCAAUUCAGUAUUUAGGAGAUUUUCUUUUAGAGAAGGAAAUUCAGAAUGAUGAACAUUCUCAAACCAGUUCUGGUUGGACCAAAUACAGCAAUCAAGAAAAAGGGAAUGAUUUUAAGAAAGACACAGGAUUUCUUGAAAUGAAAGCUUAUGGAGAGAGCAUAUAUAGAACCCAGAACAAAAUGGAAAAUCAUGAUGAAAGUGUUAAUGGUAGAUUUGUUCUGAGUGAACAUCACAAAAAAGAAAAAUUCAGAGACUGCAGAAAAGAUAUGAAAUCUGUUAAAAAGAGAAAUGCAUUCAGAAGACAUACACAUGAGAAUCAGAAAGAAACUAAGAAAAAAGUUAAAAGUAUCCAAAGGAGUUAUAUUUUAAGGAAAAUGAGCAGAAAAGAAGGUUACUGCAAAACUGAUGAUGAACAUGACACGAUAAGAAGUACUUUUAAAAAGCGUGUGCAUUACAGGGAUAAGAAAGAAAUGAAGAAUUCUCUUCAUAAUGAUUAUGCCAAUGAAUCAAAAAUCAAGGAUGUCAAGGCAGAUAUGGAUCUCACAGAAGUAAAAAAUGCCUUAAAAAAGCAGAUAUACAGGGACAUAUAUAGAGCUCAGGCUGUCCGAUACAACUGCAUUAGAACCGAUAAACAGCCUGUAUACAAUGUAGAGGGUAAAAAUGCAGAGCUCCCCAGAGGGAUAUUAAACUUAAUUGAAAGCCUCAUAGAGGGACAGUUCUUUAAAGAAGCCAUCGAAGAGCUCUCCUCCUUGCAAGCCCAGUAUGUGCCCCCUGUGUGCCUUCUCCAUGCCCUUCUAGAGAAUGUUCUGCAGGAUAACAUAGAUACAUUUUCUGGUCGAUACUUUCAUAUAUUAUCAGCUCUUCUUCAUCUGCAUCCUCCUUGGAAAUCACCAGCCAUGUUAAGAUACUACUUAGAAUUAUUUCAGUGUCCAACCUGUAGGAAAGGAGCCUGGUCUCUGGUAGAAGUGCUUAUCAGGUCUUGCCUUUUCAAUGAAGGUUUCUGUCAUCAAAUAUCAGAAAAUAUUGGUUCUAAGGUGGUCCAUCUUACAUUGCUCAAGUUUUUCUUUCAUUUACUUGAAAGUGAAGUACGGCAUUUGAGUCAAAAAUUGUGUGACUGGUCAAGUUCUCAAAGUCUAAAGGAAACAGAAAAAGGAAUUCUUCUUGAAAUCUUUUGGUCAGGGAGUGAAACUUCAGGACUUUUGACAAAACCAGUAAAUAUGCUUUUAGAGUGGACUAUCUAUUCUCACAAGGAAAAAUGCAAGUCUAAUGAUGUCUUCAAACAUGAACUAGCUUACUUACUGACGGGAAUUCUUGGAGCAGCAAUAGAUUAUUGGAUCUUCCUUGGUAUUCAUAUGGGUAGAAAUGUGAUCCGCCACAUGUCUGCUGACUUAGGAAGCUACAUCUCCCUUUCCUGUGAUGAUUUUUCUUCCCAAGAACUAGAAAUCUUCAUUUGUUCUUUUUCAUCUUCCUGGCUUCAAAUGUUUGUUGCAGAAGCAAUCUUUAAAAAGUUGUGCUUCCAGGGCCCUACCAGCGCUUGCACUGAGCCACUCUCUCUUCAGAAAAUAAUAGACUCCUAUUUGCCUGUUUUGGGAAAAAUGGACAUACAUGGGGUGGGAAAAAUGCAGAUGCCAAAAAAAAUCAUCCAGCGGCCUUGCCUAGAGCCUCAGAGAGCACUACUAAUGCUGAAUGGUGCAAAGCCAAAACAAGUUGACGGUCAGCCAGAAUUUCCAGAGUUGAACCGUGCUAAAUGUUCUUCAUCAUUGAAAAAACUGAAAAAGAAGUCAGAAGGAGAAUUGUCAUGUUCCAAGGAGAAUUGCCCUUCUUUGGUUACAAAGAUGAAUUUUCACAAAACUAAUCUAAAAGGGGAAACAGCUCUGCAUAGAGCCUGCAUAAAAAACCAAGUGGAGAAAUUGAUUAUUCUUCUCUCUUUGCCAGGAAUAGACAUCAAUGUUAAAGACAAUGCUGGCUGGACGCCUUUGCAUGAAGCCUGUAACUAUGGCAACACAGUGUGUGUCCAGGAAAUUUUGCAACGUUGUCCAGAGGUAGAUCUGCUCACUCAAGUGGAUGGGGUGACUCCUUUGCAUGAUGCACUGUCAAACGGACAUGUAGAAAUUGGCAAGCUGCUUCUACAGCAUGGGGGCCCAGAGCUUUUACAGCAGAGGAACUCUAAGGGGGAGUUGCCCCUGGAUCACGUGCUGUCACCUAAAGACAGGGAAGAGCUGUUUGCUAUCACCAAUCUAGACGAUACAGUGGACAACUUCCAUGCUCAGACACAGAAACGUUUUUAUCACCAGCAGCUUGAAUUUGGUGCAUUUUUACUUAGUAGGAUGUUGCUUAGUUUUUGUUCAAUAUUUGAUUUAUCUUCAGAAUUCACCCUAGCUUUCAAAGGGUUGGCUCAUCUAAGUGAGUUGCUUAUGGCAUGUAAUAGUGACACAGAAGCCACCAGUGGACAUACUGACUGGUUACUGGAUCUUUACGCUAGAAACAUAAAAGCAUUAAAGAAGCUCCCCGAUGUUCUUAAGGAACUGCCUGGGAGUCUAAGUGUGCGUCCCGGAGUGCAUACUGAGGCCUUAUUGGUGACCCUGGAAAUGAUGUGUCGGUCAGUCACAGAGGUGUCAUGAUGCCGGAAAGUGUGAGCCAGACCUAAACAUACAACUUGCUCUGUCAGUUAGUAUAAUAGUCAUAGCUUUGUUUAUGGACAAAUUUGAUUUAGUCACUGACAGACUUACAGCAGAUUUUCAUAGCACUUAAAAACAUCUGCAGAACUAGAAUACGGGCUCCCUGUCCAGGUUUGGAAUUUAACGCAGAAAAGAUACAACAAUAAAAGGAAGUAGUGUUGUUGGGUAUAAAAUGCUUUUAUUAAUCGUUAAAAUUCUUUGUUUUGAAAUAUUUAUUUAUAUUGUUUUGUAGAAAAUAAAAUAUUUUUUCAUAUCAAAAUGUCCCUUCCUCUAAGUGCUAUAGGUUUUUAAAUCAUGAUAAGGAUAUUCAUUAAAAUGUGUAUCUAUAUACUUGAAAAACUUGUUUCUCCUUUAUAUGCUAAUGUCUAAGAUACAUUUGUUUUUCCUUGUUUCUAAAAUAAACCUUUCUAGAAUUUUAAAUUAUAUUUAAUAAUCUUUUUAAAUGCUACAUUAUUUGCAAUUUAACAAUUGAGUUCUUUGAUCUAUUGUAGUUUAGCAGCGCAUAUAUGAAGUAUGCUCCUGUUCGCUUAACCAGUCUUCUGUCAGUGAAAACAUUUUCCCACAUAAAAAGUUUCAUUAAAUAAUAUAAUUAAAAUUUACAAUGAAAUUGCUGUGGUUAUCUGAAAUUUUAGUAUGCAGUAUGAAUUUGCAGAUUAGUGUUUCAGUUUUUUUCUAAUAGUUUAUAACUUAAAAGACAGAGUGUGACUAUUAACCACUUAAGAGAUUGUAAUUCCUUCACUGGUGAAAGUAAGUUACACUGUGUUAUAGAUGGGGAAAAGAAUCUUGAUGUUAUGUAAUGUAAUUGCGGCCCCAACAGCAACUAAUGUGUUAAAGAAGCAUUAUGCUUCAUUUCUCAAACAGAUCUUUCAGCAAGAGACAGGCCAAUGUCUUAGUCUUUGCACACUAAUAAAAAUAGUCACUGGAGAGGCUGAGUUAGGGGAAUGACAGAGAGUUUGUAUCCAGACUAAGUUACAGUGUGACCCUGUCAGAGAGGAAGACAAAAAAGAAGCAAAGAGAAAAAGACGGAAAAGAGAAAGGAACCAGAAAUAGUCACUGAAUCUCACUAUGAAGGCACCUUGGGAGAAUGCUGCUCCAUAAACUAACACACACUUGAGCAUAGACUUUGACUCAAGCACGGGGUAAAUCUGGCUAAUUUGAUGUUGCAAGAACUUUUUUCUGUUUUGGUUUUCUUAUAUGUCAAAUGGAAGUAAUGUCAUGUCAGGUGCCCUUGUCCUGAAAGAAUUCAGGUAAACUCUCACUUUCUAUGAUGCUUCAGAUUUGCUAAUAAUGAGCUGCUGCUGGAGCAAAAAGGAAGAUUCUAAAGUGGACAGUAAUUUUACGACUAAAAGAUAUGAAUAGUAUCAUGAGGUAGGAUUUGUACUCUUAGGGAGUUCCAUAAGUUAGAUAUUCACUGAAGAAUAUUUAUUUGAUUGAACUAUUGCUAUUGCACAGCAAGCUGUUUUGUGUCCCACAAGCCAUAAAGCCAUGUUCCUCCAAGAUGUCUUCUUUAAGAAGGCAUUGUUUCACAGUACAGGGUACUGUGUUCUGUGCCGAAUUACUACACUCCAAGAUUCCAGCAUUAUUUGUAUUAUUUCUUGUUUUGUAGUUUAGAAAACAUAAUUGUUGUCUUCAGUCUAUCUUAGAGGGCAAAGAGGAAAAAAUUCUAAGCACUUAAGAGCUGACGAGAGGCCAAGGAGAAUGGCACAGGAACUUUCAUCUGGCGAUGGAUCGAGAGAGAGACAGAGACCCAAUUUGGAUCAACCGUCUGAGCUCGUAAGGUCCAAAUGAGGAGCAGAAGGAGGGAGAACAUGAGCAAGGAAAUCAGGACCACGAGGGGUGUACCCACCCACUGUGACAGUGGAACUGAUCUAUUGGGAGCUCUCCAAGGCCAGCUGGACUGGGACUGAAUAAGCAUGGGUUGAAACUGGACUCUCUGAACAAGGCGGACAAUGAAGGCUGAUGAGAAGCCAAGGACAAUGGCACUAGGUUUCGAUCCUAAUACAUGAACUGGCUUUGUGGGAGCGUAGCCUGUUUGGAUGC